CCAAGAGCUUAAUCGAUCACUCGCACCUACAGUAGCAAUUAGCUAGCUAGGUAGCGAUGGGGCACACCAGGGCAGCCGUGCUAGCGGUGGUGCUCGCCGUCGCCGUGCUGGGGCUUGCCACCGAUGGCCAGGCGCAGCUCCAGAACGGGUUCUACACGGGCAAGUGCCGCGGCAACGACGUGGAGGCUGUCGUCCAGGGUAUCGUCCAGGCCCGCUUCGCCAGCAACAGCGACAUCGUCCCCCACCUCCUACGCUUGCUGUUCCACGAGUGCGGCGUCAAUGGCUGCGACGGUGGGCUGUUGAUCAACGGCACCGGCACAGAGAAGAUGGCAAACCCGAACCUGAGCGUCAAGGGCUACGAGCUCAUCACCGCCAUCAAGACGGAGCUCGAGAAGCGCUGCCCCGGGGUCGUAUCCUGCUCCGACAUCGAGGUGCUCGCAACCAGGGACGCGGUCGCCGCGUCCACGGGGCGAAGAUACGCGGUGCGCACCGGGCGCAGGGACAGCCGGCGGUCCGUGGCCACCGACGUGAACCUUCCAGGGCCAGAUGACACGGUCCCCAAGGCAGCCGCUUUCUUCCGCAACCUCGGCCUCAGUUCGGACGACAUGGUCGUUCUGUUGGGCGCGCACACGGUCGGCGUCACGCACUGCAACAUGAUCAAGAGGAGCCGUCUUUACAGCUAUGGCGGCAAGGCCGGAGCAACCGACCCGAGCAUGGACCCCAACACCGCGGCCACAUACAAGAGGUAUCCGUGCCCCAACACGGCUUCGUCCGACAACACCAUCCUGUACCUCGACGACCGGUCCAGCGCGUCCAAGGUGGACAACAGCUUCUAUAAGAUGCUGCAGCAGCGCCGUGGCGUGCUCAUGGUCGACCAGAACCUCUACAACGACAGUUCCACGCGGUGGAUGGUCGACAGGCUCGCCAACACCGACCAUUUCACCUGGCUCUUCCCGCAGGCCCUCGUCAAGCUGGGGGAGGUCAAGGUGCUUACCGGCACACAGGGAGAGGUCCGCAGGGUCUGCACCAAGUUCAACUGAUGAAAUCAUCAUCAUUUUCUGAGGAGACAUCAAUUAAUGGUGUGCUUGUUGUGUUUAUUUCCGGUCGGAUUGGUGGUAUUUUUUUCUCCCUUUUUUGGUUUUGGUCGGAUUCAUCUCGAUGUACUCCGUUCUGACCGCACGUUCAAUUCAUUUAAUUUGUGUUCCAUUGAAUAAUUUCUAAUAACAUGAACGAUUGAGAUCA